AUGCCCAACACAAUGCUGCCCGCCUGCUUCCUUGGCCUGCUGGCCUUCGCCUCCCCUUGCUACAUCCAGAAUUGCCCAAAGCGUGGCAAUAUGGCCAUGACUGAGAAUGCAGAGGAGUCAGGUAUCAUCGUGGCCCAUCUCGGGCCUGCUGUUACAGACCAUUCCUGGGUCUUCAUGGUGCAGAGUCCUCAGAGCCAUUCCCAGCAGAAGAAGAUGAGGGGCCGACGGAGGAUUUUCAUCAACUGCCAGGAGAAGAGGAGCACCGCGUGCGCCGCGGAAUCGCUCCACUGCGUCAACGAGAACUUUCUGACUUCGCCCUGCCAGCAGAGCCUGAAGCCAUGCCAGAAAUGGAGCCGCUGCAGCGCCCCAGGCCUGUGCUGCAACGAAGAUAAGUGCGCCAGAGACCUUGCGUGCCGCCCCGCCUUUGACCAAAGCGGGGGAGCCCGCGACAGGAGCAAUGCCACCCAGCUGGAGGAGCCCAUCUGCUGCAGAUAG